AUGAAUAUCCGCUCCGCGUACGCAGUACCUCGGGCGGCUCGCAUCCUCCGACGCUGGCCGUCUACAAGCUCGGUAAGCUCGGUCCGAGCAUUUUCGACGACAUUGCACCGUGACGCAACAUGGGGAUUUGUCGGAUUAGGCCAGAUGGGCUACAAUAUGGCCAAAAAUCUUCGGGCUAAGAUUCCUGCUUCUGACACACUUAUUGUACGCGACGUGAAUAAGGAUGCUAUGACUCGGUUUGUCGAGGAGUCGCAGGAGAUUGCGAGGAGCAGUGGGGCUGGUGCCGAGGUCGGACGAGUGGAGGUUGCUGAGAAUGCGCGUGAAGUUGCAGAGAAGUCGACGGUGAUGAUUACCAGUCUCCCUGAAUCUCAGCAUGUUACGGAGGUGUACAAUUCUAUUAUGAAGCCUGGAAAUCUUCCGGUUCUCGAGCAGGAGCGUCUCUUCAUCGACACUUCAACUAUUGACCCUGUCACCUCAAAGGGUAUCGCCAACGCAAUCCACACCACCCAGACUGGCCGCUUUGUCGACGCCCCGGUUUCUGGAGGGGUAGUUGGGGCCAAAGCAGGCACAUUGUCAUUCAUGUUCGGUGCUUCUGCAGAGAAUGAAGAAUUCCUCCAACGUGUUCGGGGCGUUCUCGCCUUGAUGGGCAAGAAGGCAUGGCACCUUGGUGAACCUGGUUCUGGGGUGUCUGGCAAACUCGCCAACAACUACAUGUUGGCCAUUAAUAACAUUGCGACAGCCGAGGCCAUGAAUCUAGGAAUUCGAUGGGGGCUGGAGCCCAAGGCGCUCGCGGAGAUGAUCAAUUCGUCUACCGGCCGCUGCUGGCCCUCGGAGGUCAACAACCCUGUUCCUGGGGUGGUAGAUACCGCGCCAGCCUCGCGUGGCUAUACGGGUGGAUUUGGAGUCAGUCUGAUGAAUAAGGAUUUACGCUUGGCUCUCUCGGCGGCUGAAGAUUCGGGGACACCUUUGGCUCUGGGUGGUCAAGCGCGCGAGGUAUACAACGCUGUCGAGGCUGCGCAUCGAGGAAAGGACUUCUCGGUUGUCUACCAAUGGCUACACGAUAAGUCAAAGUAG